AUGGAAUUAGAAUCGAUGAAAUAUGCAGAUCUACAACGGCUUGCAAAGGAAGUUGGACUGAAAGCUAACAUGAAGGCCGAUAAACUGUUGAAAGCAUUGAAGGAGCACUAUGAGCAACAAGAAAAUUCUGAGAAUGGAAAUGUCGAGGCUACUGCACCCCCUGAGACUGAAAGUCAGCCAAAGCCAGAGGAGGCUGCAUUUGUGACCAAACGCCGUGGAAGGGGCCAGAAGAGCAAAAGGAAGCACCCAGAUGACGGCGAUCUAUACAAUGAGCCCAAAGAACAUCCCAGUCCAGAGCAGUCUGAUAUGAAGCCAAGUGAACCAGAGGAACGCAGGGCUUCUAAGAGGAAAAGGGUGUCCUCGGAUAAUGAUGCAGAAGUUGCACCUACACCAAAAGAAAGUCAGGAAAAAAACGGAGCUGAUCCUAGCCGUGAAGAUCCCGUUCCUGAGCCGCGUGAUGAUGGAGAGGACAAGAAGAUGGACAGGGCCGUGAAGAAAAUUCCUCGUCAUGAAGGGCUUCUGAAGAAAAGGAAGACCACCCUCAAACCAACAACUCCCAAUUUCAAGAAACUUCAUGAAGCACAUUUCAACAAAAUGGAGUCCAUUGAUUCCUAUGUUCAGAGGAAGAACAAGCAAAUGGAGAUGUUCAGGAAUUCAGUGAAGGAGUUGAAGACUCUCUCAGAGAAAACCAUUUUGAAACCAGUGGAGAGAAAAACUCCAGCUGGGAGGCCAAACGUGAACCGCGCCUCCUUGUUCAGCCCUGGUAUACAGGAGAAGAGAGCUCCUCAAGAGAACCGCAGGCUCACUGAGCUCUCUGCCAGCAAACCUGCCCUAAAGGACAGCACCGCCUUUAAGCCCACAGUCCUCACUACCAACAAGAUUAACGUGAGGUUCACUCAGGCUACGCAGGACAAUGAGCACAAACGCUCUCUGGUGAAGACCCCAGCACGGAUGUCACCCCACGUUAUCGUCACCUCAACCCCAGGGAGAAAGUCUGACGUCCGCGGGAAAUCCGAAGCCAACAAAACAAGUUUCAUCAACAAGACCCCUGGAACAACUCCAUUUAUCUUCAGCGGAAAUACCAGUCUGUCAAACACCCCAGGAACCAACAAAAAGAAGACCUUUGACCUGAAGGCCAGUCUAUCACGACCUCUAACCUACAAGCCACACAAGGGAAAGCUGAAGCCUUUUGGUCCAGCUCAGGAAAACACAAACCUAAACAAAUCACAGACCAUCUCAUCACAACAGAAGAACUACAAACAGCACCAAGUCCAGACCAGGGAGGACAGACGGACCAAGCACACGGAGGACAGGAAGCAGAAGAAAGAGAAGAUGCUAGGAGCCAGACGAGGUCUUGUCAUGGCCUAA